CCUCAUCUUACUGCCUUUAAAAUAUUUAUUAUUUCUUUAAAAAAACAACAAUUUCAAAUAAAUAAUUUUUUAAAACAAAACAUCCAUUUCUGAUUGAAGAAACAGAGAUAAUGGAGACUGCAAUUCGUGGGAGAAUUACUCUCUCACCUAACCACGUCUUUAACCCUAAAUCAGGAGAUAAAUAUUGUUCUUGUAGAGGUCCAUGGAUCAACCGGGGGAUUCCCAUGGCUUUGGCGGCAACAGGGCCGGGUAAAGGAGGUGGGGUAUUGGAAAAGCCGGUUAUAGAGAGAACCACUCCUGGCCGUGAAUCUGAGUUUGAUUUGAGAAAAUCAAGGAAAAUGGCACCACCUUAUAGGGUGAUGCUACACAAUGAUAACUACAAUAAAAGGGAAUAUGUUGUGCAAGUAUUGAUGAAGGUUAUCCCAGGGAUGACAGUUGAUAAUGCAGUUAACAUAAUGCAAGAAGCACACUACAAUGGCAUGGCGGUUGUGAUUAUUUGCGCUCAGGCCGAUGCGGAAGACCAUUGCAUGCAGUUGAGGGGUAAUGGACUUCUGAGCUCAAUUGAACCUGCAAGCGGUGGAUGCUGAAGACGCGCCUAAUGAUAAGUCAUCUAUGUCGCUUCGUUACAGUAUUAGAUAGUGUAUAUAUAUUAGCAGUGUCGUAUCUGUAUGAAGCUUUGGUCAUCCAUCGGCAAAUGCAAACGUUGGCAUGUUGGUAAUUUUGGAAUAAAAUACGAAAUUUCAAGGUGUUACUAUAUUA